AUGAAUAACAGCAGUGCCAUAAACAAUGGUACCCAGGAUUUUCCAUCAGAGUGUCAUUAUCUCUCAUCAUCACCAGUUCCUCAAUGGAUCAAGAAAGUUGUGUACCUGCUCAUUCUGCUUUUAGCCUUAUUUGGAAACGCAUCAGUCAUGUGGAUAGUAUACAAGCAAAGGCGCAUGCACACAGCAACAAACUACCUUAUAGUCAAUAUGGCGGUAAGCUGAGCUAUUUAACUAAAACCUAACAUUUUUUCAAAGACAUUUUCACUGUUGAGUAUAAUUUUAAACGUAAAACUCAUGUAACGAAGUCCAAAGAGCUGUUAGGAAAGAUAAAUUGGGUUCUUUCAACUGAUGACCCUCCGAAUACUCAUUGAUGUCUUUGAUUCGUUAUUAGCCACGUCAGGUGUACCCUACCACUCUCACAUUUUGACAAAUGUUUGACAAGUUUUCCUUAGAUCUUAAAUAGGGAAUUUUAGAUCCAACGACGCGGACGACAAAGAGAACGUCAUAAAAAUAAUUGGUGUAAUUAGCAAAACAACAACUUCCCACGUGCAUCACACUUUUUGUACACUUCUUUACCGUUUUUGCACGACUGCGACUUGAAAAUGCCUUAAAUUUCGCGUUUUACGGAGGACGGAAACAAGCAAAGACGAAAUUUUAUUUCUCUUUCUGAGCUUGAAUUUGGUCCCUUGAAAUUCAGCUUCAGGAGUUCGCCUACAAUUGACAAAGUAAGUGGGUAGGAAUAAUCGCUAUAAAGACUGAAAUUAAACGCAUAUUCACUUUUCAAGCGACGUUCUUCUUGCCGUCGCGUCGUUGGAUCUUAAAGUCCCUAACAGGAUCUAUGAACACAGAAUCAAGCAAGCGUGAUAAUGCAGUCCGAAUUUUUUUAUCUCGACGUAUAGGUGCUGUCGUGUUUCCGAAAAGCAAUUCCCACUCCGUAUUAUGCUUCUCCGUCUCGAGCUGCCCCCUGACUCCUUCUACAGAGGAGACUGCUACCUCUGUAACCGUCUCUUUCCAUCCCAUCUGAUGCCUUCCCCGAUAUCUUAUCCUUAUUGGUUCCCUGUAGAGUAGCCUGUUUAAGACGCCCCGUUGGUUUCAUACUGACCACUUGUAAUGCAGAAUCGAAGGAGAUCUGAGAAUGGGAGCUCAGAGCAGACUUCCUGAACACUUCCUCGUUGACUUUGUCACAACAGAUGAUAAUCAGAAGGAAGGCUUAUAGGCUCUUCUAUUCUUCCACGUUAACGUUCCAGACGUUUUCUCCGUAUAGUGAUUCUAUGAUUACUAGUGCCUCGUGUACUAUACUUUUUUGAUGGAAGGUUGAUUGCUUUGUGCAAUAUGACAGGCGUGGGUAGAAUCGGCAUCUGCUGCAUGCCAUUUGCAAUUUUGCACAAAGGUCUUGGCGAGGUCUCCAUCUGAUGCACCAUUGUGCUAUGCUGUACCAAGCUAGAUCAGUCUGUCCUACAUUUUCCAGAUGUUUUCACUGAUUCUGAUGUUCCACAAGGCAAUGCGAGUCGUGAAUUUUUGUGUUUUCAGUAAGGCCGAUUUACCAUUCUUUUUUUCUUCUCUUCUACGUCAUCCCCGUUUGUACUCCUUCCUCUGGCGGUCAUACGUUUAGAAUCCUUCAAUUUUUUAAAAAAACUUUGGAACAAAAUGUGUCAAAAAAGUAAUUAAAUAUAAUAUAAAAUAACUAAAUAAUAUAAUAUAAAAUAAUUAAAUAUAAUAUAUUGUCGAGAUGUAACGAAUGCUCAUUUGUCACAAAGGUCGUGUUCUAUUGGCACCAACCGUUUCAACCAAAACCCAUUUUGGUUGAUUUGAAGUUCUCCAUAUGAAAUUCUUUUUUAAAGUUUCCAAACCGUUUUAGGUUUAAAAGCGGUUGUGACUGGGUAUACUAAUUUUCCGAGACUUCCACAGACUUUUGUUGCAAAGGUUGUCAACAUUUUGGCGAAAGAGUUUUAAGCGCAGAAUUUUAGAAAAAAAACACAACACUUGAAAAUCGAUGCCUGUUUUCAAUCAUUUCAACCAAGUUCUGAGUUGGUUGAAAAAGUUGAACAACCAAACCAACCAAUGAACAGCUUUUUCGCAAUAGAACCUCAAAAAACCCAACCAACCAAAAACUGUUGGUUCAAAUAGAACACGACCUAGGAAGUAUUUUGCCACUUUUCUUGGUAGGUUGGAGAUCUUUUUAUGGCCAUCUGCAGUAUGAUACCCACCACUAUCAGUAUGUUCCGUGGCAUCCACUCAUGGGUGAAUGAUGGUCUUUUUGGACAAAUUUCCUGCAAACUGCUUCUCCUCUCACAAGGAUCAUCGAUGGCCUGCUCAAUCAUCACUCUUACAGCCUUGGCUUUUGAGAGGUACUUUGCUGUUGUUUUUCCAAUGUGGAACGCCGUAAUUGCAACGAAAACAAGAUGGACGGUAGCUCUUGUUUGGAUAGCCUCGUUUGCAUACACAUCACCUAUAAUUUACGCUAGAAAGGUCCGACUUUAUAAAGGUGUUCCCUUUUGCAUUGAAGAAUGGGCCCCUGCGUUUGAUCCUAAAAGAGCUCCAGCGAUUUACACCAUCGUUUCCUUUGUGUUACUGUAUGCAUUACCACUUUUAGUGAUUUCUGUUUUGUGCUCAAUCAUAAUCGUCAAAGUUUGGGCGAGGCACAUUCCAGGCAACUCAACUCCGGCAAAAGUUCGACUCUUGAAUAAAUCCAAGAAAAACGUGUUGAAGAUGUUGAUGACAGUGGUUCUUGCCUUUGCACUGUGUUGGUUUUUGAUGCACCUCAACUUGUUUUUGCAAGACUUCAGCGACAUUUUCGGUCCUUGUGGAAUUCCAGUGGGUAUGCAGACCACCGGGUUUUUGUUUGGUCUUGCAAACAGUGCUAUCAAUUGCUGUAUAUAUGUUAUUUUCAGUCAAGAUUUCCGACGCGGAUUUAAAGAUCUUGCGACGCCUUUUGUUUCGGAAAAGAUCAACUUUGCUUCUGGAAAACACACCAGGAGCCACAAUGGAUACGACACGAGAUAG